AUGGCUCCAAAGAAGGCAAAACGGAAGAUGGAAGGGAAUGGAACUGGAGAGAAGCUCGUGAAGCUUGAAAUCAAGGAAGAGAAAAUGUGCGCCCAUUGCAAUAAACUAGUAAUAUCCUAUCAAGUUCACGAAGAGGAGUAUCUUUGCCAGCUUUGUGCUAAGGAACUUGUCUUCAAGUGGAUGCAAGUUGUCACUUGUAUCACUGAUGGGCAAGUAUUCGUCGAGGAAAGUAUCCGAUCCGUGGAAGAAAGUAUCAGAAAGAUUGAAGAAGAGAAGAAUACCGCUGUUGCAGCAGCGGAACAUGCUCAAAAGAAGAUCGACAAAGCGACAGCGAAGUUGAGAGCCUUGGAAGGAGAACUAACUGCUAAGCAAGCCAAGAAAGUUCAGGAUGAAGCGAAACUCAGCGGCUGCGUGGAGGAUCUUGGACUGAAAAAUUAUCAUUCAGAUCUCAAGAAAAAACAAGUCGAGCUGGCGAACAAACUUGGGAGGGAAGACGGAUACGGCCAUGCACACACUUGGGAGGGAUGCCAUACUUGGAUGCAAGGUCUCAUUUAUCUCUGUCAGAUGAUCAGUGUUGGAAUUACUAGAGUCCAUCUCAAGAUUCCGCCAGAAAAAUUGAAUCCAUGGCAGCCGAUUACUCACAGCGGACAUGGAUGGGGAUUUCUUCUUAAGUAUAACAAGAUAUUCGAUACUGAGGAUUUCCUCACGAUUCACCUCGAAAACAUCGGCCGCGACUUCAAUUUCAAUGUCGACGUAAGAAUCCUCAAUAAUCGCGGAUUCACUGAAAAUGGAAAUUUCAACGUCACCUUCAUCCACGAUCCAACCGGAAACAGCAAGGCUGUCGAAACAGAUGGAAGUCGCGUCCGGCGACAGAAGGUCCAAUUUAUGGUUGAAAAGAAGAAGCCCUCAGAAUAUUGGCUUAUAGUCAACUUCACUAUUCGUCCAAAAGGAAAAGGUUUUGAGUAA